AUGGAAUUAAAUCUUACAAAUAUCACAUACCGCCACCACCACCGCCAGCAGCCCCUGCCCCUUAACCACCACCGCCCCUAUAACUCCAUCAAUUUCCCCAAAUCACCGUCGUUUGCACCGUUAACCUCCAUCAAAUCAUCAUCUCAUAACCCUAAUUACGAAACCUCUAACCACCACACAACAAAAUUCAUCAACCCUAACUCUAACCCUAACCCCCUAUCCUCCCUCAAAACCACCGUCAUCACCGGCGUCACCGUCGCCGUCGUUCUCCUCUCACGUCUCACAAUCAAACCACCUCCCGCCGCCGCUAUUCCACCUCCCGCCACUGUCGAAACCGCCAAUCCUCAAUCCAAAACCCUAGGCGAAAAAAAACCCUUCAAAACCCUAACGCAGAUCAAAACUAAAAUCGUGCACGAAUGGAUCGAAGAACUUGAUCAGUUAAUCGAGCAACAACCGGAAGACUCCGUAGCGAAGUGGAUGAAACAUUCUUUACAAUCAUACAUUGGAGAUCACAAAUCUGCAAUAUUAGGGUUUAAGGAGAUUAUAACAAAGGAUCCAUUAUGUUUCAUGAGUUAUUAUGGAUUAAUAAGGGCUGCAUCCGCAACCAGAUCGGUUAACGAGUUAAAAGACGUCGAAAAUCUGAUACUCAAACUGAUCGCAUUGUGUAAACAGGGGAAUGAGAAGGAUGUGGUCAGGGAGUUUAAGAUUUUGUUGGCGGAUAUUCGGGUAAUUAACGGGGAUUAUGAUAAUGCUGUUAAGAUUUAUGACGCGUUAGUUAAGGAAGAACUGAAGGAUUUUAUGCUGUAUUUGAAUCGAGGGAUCGUGUAUAUACAAUGGUGGAGAAGGUUGAUGAUGACGAAGGUUUUUGCGCAUAAGGUGGAGAGCGAAAGGGCGAGCUUGAAGAGUUGA